AUCAUUCGAAAACUUGCAUGGUGAGCGACGCCGUGUAGGAGAAAGACAACGCAGCGGACUAAACACACAAUGGCGACGGCGGCGACAACGGCAGGCGGGACGGGAUCAGGCGGACCGGCUACCGGCCCGGUCGGCGGGAGCACCGCAGUGGGACGGAAAAAGGACGGAGGUCCUUCCACGAAGUUCUGGGAGAGUUCAGAGACCGUCUCGCAGCUCGAGACGGUGCGGCUCUGGAUCGGAAAGCACUACAAGAAGCACGUCCAGAACGACUCCCCCUCCAGUAAAUCUUUGGCGGGUCUGGUGGUUCAGCUGCUGCAGUUCCAGGAGGAUGCAUUUGGACGCAGGGUCAACAAUCCUGCUCUCACCAAGCUACCUGCCAAGUGUUUCCUGGACUUCAAGGCAGCAGGGGCCCUCUGUCACAUCCUGGGCUCUGUCUACAAGUUCAAGAGCGAGCAAGGGUGGCGCAGAUUUGACCUGCAGAACCCGUCUCGGAUGGACAGGAACGUGGAAAUGUUCUUAAAUGUGGAGAAGAACUUGGUCCAGAACAACUGCUUGACUCGUCCCACUGUGUUCCUGUCACCGGACAUUGAGCAGAAACAAGCCAGUAAGCUCAAAGACAUCAUCAAAAGGCACCAGGGCUCCAUGACUGAUGACAAGUCGAAAGCCACCCAUCACAUUUACCCCUCUCCAUCCCAGCAAGAGGAAGAGGAAUGGCUUCGUCCAGUCAUGAGGAAAGACAAACAGGUGUUGGUGCACUGGGGUCUCUCCCCUGACAGUUAUGACACCUGGGUAUCAGCCAGCGAGGUGGACGGAGAUGUGGAGGACCCACCCAGCAAUGACAGACCGUGGAAAGUCCAUGCCAAGUGGGUUUUAGACACCGAUGCCUACAAUGAGUGGAUGAAUGAGGAAGACUACGAGAUGGAUGAGAACAAGAAGCUGGUCAACUUCCGCCAGAGGAUUUUCCCUAAAGAAGAGGAGUCUUCCCGUACACCCGAUCGAAAGGAGCGCAAGGCCAACUCCGCCGGCAAGAAGAGGAGACGCUCGCCCUCGCCGCCUAGCACUCCCGCAGAAUCCCGCAAGAAGGGAGGAAAGAAGGGGAACCCCGGGCCUCACUGGAAGCGACGGGGCGGCCACAGAGGCGAGGAGGAGGACACGGAGGAGGACAUGACGAAGGACUUGGACGACUCUUCAGCCGGGGCCAGCAUGGAGGAGGGCAGCAUGUCCAAAAACGCAAAUUCAAAGAAAGACAUCGAGAACACUCCUGUGAAAGGUGGGAAUGACCUGGACGACAUGGAGGACGACUCGGUGCUGUCAGGUGGAAAGGAUGAUGAGGAGCAGGGCAAAGCUGAAAUCAACCGACUCAUUGACACAAGCGAGGACAACGUGACUGAACAGACUCAUCACAUCAUCAUCCCCAGUUACGGUGCUUGGUUUGACUACAACUGCAUCCAUGAGAUCGAGAGGAGAGCACUGCCUGAGUUCUUCAACGGAAAGAACAAGUCCAAAACUCCAGAGAUAUACCUGGCGUAUCGCAACUUCAUGAUUGACACGUAUCGGCUAAACCCUCAGGAGUACCUCACCUCCACCUCCUGUCGCAGGAACUUGACCGGAGACGUUUGUGCCAUCAUGAGAGUUCAUGCCUUCUUGGAGCAGUGGGGUUUGGUGAACUACCAGGUCGACCAUGAGAGCCGCCCCUUGCCCAUGGGCCCCCCACCCACACCUCAUUUCACCGUUCUUGCUGACACACCGUCUGGCCUCAUGCCCCUGAACCACAGACCCCCACCGGUAAGGUUCACAAGAGUCCGUGAAGGCGGAGGAACGAAAUGUUUUGUAAUGCAAUCAUCGUUGAUCAUGUGGUGGUUUUCAUUCCUCCAGAUUCCCCCUCAACAGCAGAUGCCCAACUUCAUGGAUAAAGGCAAAGACAAGGCCAUCGACCUGCAGAACUUCGGCCUUCGCUCGGACCUCUACAACAAGAAAAACAUCAAGGGAAAAGCAGCAAACUCCACCAGGGACUGGACUGAACAGGAGACUCUGCUGCUGCUGGAGGCUCUGGAGAUGUUCAAAGAUGACUGGAACAAAGUGUCUGAGCACAUCGGUUCACGCACACAGGACGAGUGUAUCCUUCACUUCCUGCGGCUGCCCAUCGAGGAUCCGUACCUGGAGAGCACCGAGGCCUCCCUGGGCCCUCUGGCAUACCAGCCCAUCCCCUUCAGCCAGUCUGGAAACCCAGUCAUGAGCACAGUAGCCUUCCUGGCCUCUGUGGUCGACCCCAGAGUGGCAUCUGCUGCUGCGAGGGCCGCUCUAGAGGAGUUCUCCCGCGUGCGUGAAGAGGUGCCGGCUGAGCUGGUGGAGGCUCACGUGAAGAAGGUGCAGGAGGCAGCCAGGAGCACAGGGAAGGUGGACCCCGCCUUUGGGCUGGAGAGCAGUGGCAUCGCUGGCACCGCCCCCGAGGAGCCAGAAAAGACCGAAACCCCAGAGCCUGAGAAGAUGGACACAGACACAGACUCCCAGCAGGCCGACAAGGCGGAGUCGAAGGACGAGGCAGAGAAGCCGAGCGAGUCGGCAGAGAAGAGCAGCGAGAAGACGGACGCCCCUGAGAAGGUGAAGAAGGAGGGAGGAGAGACUUCAGAGCGUGAGGAGGAGAGCGAGGAGAGCGGAGAAGCCAAGACAACUCCAGCAGACAAAGAGAAGGAGGAGGCGAUGGAGACGUCGUCCUCAGAUCAGGAGAAGGAGAAGGAGGAGAAGGUGACAGACGAAGGAGACGAGAAGAGGAAGAAGCUGGAGCACGACAUCGGAGAAGGAAACAUCGCCACAGCAGCCGCUGCUGCUCUGGCGUCUGCCGCCACCAAGGCCAAGCACUUGGCGGCAGUGGAAGAGAGGAAAAUCAAGUCCCUGGUGGCUCUGCUGGUGGAGACGCAGAUGAAGAAGCUGGAGAUUAAGCUGAGGCACUUCGAGGAACUUGAGACCAUCAUGGACCGAGAGAAGGAGGCUUUGGAGCUCCAGCGACAGCAGCUGCUCACCGAGCGUCAGGCCUUCCACAUGGAGCAGCUCAAGUACGCUGAGAUGAAGGCGAGGCAGCAGAUGGAGCAGCAAGCUGCUGCUCAAGCCGCUGCAGCCGCCGCCCAAGCUCAAGGACAGGGACAGGGACAGGCUCCAGGAUCUGGACCCCACUCCGGGCCCCCUCCACCAGGUAUGCACCCCGGAGGGCCCCAGCCACACCACGGAGCACCGGUGCCACACCACGGAGGGCCGCCUCCCGGUGGUGCAAUGCACACCGGUUACCCUCCAAUGGGUCACCACCCAAUGGCCCCACACCACCCAGGACAGACAGGUCCGAUGGGACCAGGCCAGCCAAUCCCAGGGCGUAUGAUGCCUGGACCCCCCUCUGCUGGCCCCUCUCCUGGGGGCAUGCCUCCCAUGAUGCCUCCUCGUCACCCUGGAGCUCCCAACGGCAUGUAUCCCGGCCCUCCAGCAGCACAGGCUGAAGCGGUAGCUCCAGUUCCUGUGGGACCUCCGGCGCCCACUAGUUCAUGAGUGACUGACGACGAAGACCUUACACCCAAACACCCACACACGUAUACACCAAAAGCACACACCUAUACACACACGCAAAACUAUCUCUGAACCUGAGCCCCCCCCCAUCUUCAUGGCCUUUGCUACUGGCUCUAUAUUUAACCCUUAAAACACCAAAACUACCAUAACGUUUGUCACUCACACACACAUACACACACACUCAGGGUUCAGCGGCAAGGGUAACCCAAUGUAACACGUGUGUACUCUCACACACACACAUGCAGACUUCCUCUCAGGGCACAGCGGGAAGGGUGGUCGAGUACUAAACACUGUUUUCUGCUCUGUUGGGUCAGAAGGAGGCUGGAGAGAGAGACUCCGUACAGACGACAAAACAAGGAGACAGAAAAGAUACACAAAACUCACAUUAACCUGUUUUCAAUUAGUUUGAGAUUACACUGUAACCCUUCCUCUUCCUCCUCCUCCUCCCAUCACAAAGGAACACACACCUUCUCACGUCUGCUGCCUCUGUUCAAGCCAAACACUGGGGGGAGCUAGUGAGACAACGAGGCAGGUCGGGCAUGAAGAGGUGUGUGUGUGAGUGCAAAGUAAUACACACGAGGCAAACUGAAUAUACACAUGAAGAUAUAAAACACACACACACACACACACACACACACACAGAGGACCCAGCCUCUUGUCUUGUCGAGUAUCUACCUCUCGCUCCUCUUUAAAUGAUACACUGUAGUUCUGUGUGUGUGUGCGUGUGCGUGUGUGUGUGGGGACAGAGGCAUGUUUGAUGGACGUUCACAUCCAGUUUGUGUCUCUUCUGUAGGACUUCUGCAUUAAUGUGAUAGUUGAGUUACAGAACGAAGACGACCUCUUCUUAAAGCUGCAGAGCAUUAGUCGUGCGUUAUUUAAUUGAUUCUACACUUUUAUACAUUAUGCAUUCUCUGAUUUAUUCAUUUCUAAAGAAGAAUGGAUCUUUUUUUUUAUAAUUGUAGCUUAAUAAAUGUGAAGUUUUCCCUCUACUUGGACCACUUUUCAAUGAAUUGAGGUAACAAGCUGUAAGUUGCAGCACAAACUUGUGAACAAAAAAUGAGGAUGUUUAUCAAACCUGUACAAAAGUUAUUCAUAUUCUCUAAAAAUGAACCCUAACCUGUCAGACAAGCUGCAUUCCUCUUACUUGACCCAAACAAAGAUGGCAGCUUGGUUUCACAUAAAGUGGAUUGAGUCUGAACCUGCAAGAUCUCUUCAGUUUUGUUCAACUUUUUGAGCAUUUUCUGACUGAAUUUAAAAAAAUCUCUUCUAUGCUCUUGAAAAUCCCAAAACCAGAAAGACUUCAGAUCAUCUUUACUUACUUUCCUAAUCUCCUGUGUGUGAUUCUUAGCCUGAGACCUGUUGAUUUUUCUCAUGAGACAUAACUCUUGAAUAUACAGUGUGAUUAAUUUUCUCACGUCACUCAAACAGAAGCAAACACUAGAUUCGUUGAGAACUAUUUUUCUCAGCGGAUUUUUAAUUAUCUGCUGCUCUGGUGAGUUUUCCAGGCAGCAGGACGUAUAUGUGCGACUCACUGAAAAUAACCGGCAGUGUUUGUGUUCAUGGUAAUGAAGGAACGUGCCACAGUGAGGCGUAUUGAUGCAUUGAAAUAGUUUUUGAGUGACAGUGGAGCUCUGAGGCACGGAGGAGGAUGGAAAUAGAUCUGAAUUUGGAGACAGAGGUUUGUUUGCAGGCUCAGUUGAUGGUUUCUUUGAACAUUAAUGCAAAAGUCUGAGAGGAUUGAACAUUAGAGGAAGAACAGUCUGCUCCAUCAUCCCUCCUUCUGCCACACACACACACACACAAACCACAGCCCUGUUACACAGCCUUGUUACACACACUCACACAGAACAGUAAGCUAAGCUGAGGCUCACACUGGAGGCUGCGUGCACACAACGACUUGGCCAGACCCUGCCACGAAGCACUGGACGACCACAUACACACACACACACACACACACACACACACACACACAUGCAUAAACAUACACGUACAUCUAAUCUCCUGCUGAUCUUCACGCAGCCUUUACAGAGAGGGAGACGCUGUGAUGCGGCUCGACUGAAACAUCCGAACAGGAAUGACGCUCCUCCUCAGCGCGUCGGGCUUCUAGAUGUUUUUUAGGUGCUGAUACUGUAGCGAAUCAAACAACACCCCCCCCUGUCCCCACAAAGACCCCUGACUUUUAACACUUCUGCUUACAAUUUCCCAACGCUUACUGCUGCCUACCUCGCUAACCCCAACACACACUCACACACGCGCAAUCUUUCAAUGGAGCCACAAGCCACGGGAAAAUUAAGCAAUAUCCUCAUUCCUGUGUGUCAGUACAUGAAAAAUACUCCAAAUAAGAAGCAGUCAGGGUUUUACAAAUUCUGUCCUGUGGUGUUGUCGGGAAGUAAAAUGUGUGUAAACACGAGGAGCAACCGCCAAAUCGUUUAUUCUCUUAGCUUAAUUCAGUUAAAAAUCACGCCGCCUCAGCAUUUUUUAAAGCAAAACAUAAAUAUUCUCACUCUGAUUUAAAAGUAUUUAAAGUUCCAGCUUCAUCAAUGUUUUUAUUUGUAGGAUAAUAAAGUGAUUAUCUUUGGAUUUUAGGUCGCCGUUUCGUCACGUCAUCAGAUUGCUUGUUUUGGUUUCAGUAGAUUCCCCCAUCAUCAUCAACACGUGACUUGAAUUAGCUCGCUACAAAUCCAGUUCAUUCACGAGCAGGUUCGCCUCAAAUUCAGGUAGUAAUCCUAAUCCAAACUUGAGUGUUUGACGUCUACAGAAACCAGAAUGCUGCAGCGGUAAUCCUGCAUCACCCUCCAAAAUAAAGCAAGCUGGUUUUAACUUCUGGACUUAGUAACGACUCUUCUCCCCCCUCCCCUUCUUGCUCGCACUGUUAGUACUUCUGCUACCUCUUCCUCGUUCAUCUGCUAGCUACCUCUUCUAGAAAUCUUCCUCUCGCUCUCUGCUACCUCUCUGCGCACCCCUUCGCUACCUCUCGUUCCCAUCUCCUUUUCUUUUCUUUACUUUUUUCUUCCUCCCGCCCACGUGACUGCUGCAUCACCGACUCCCGCCGCCCUCGUCUGUCGUUGGAAGAACACACAUAGAUCACACGUACGGUCUUUUGACGCGCCCUCCUUUUCUCAUUCAGGCUUGUUAUAAAAUAUCACUUAAAUAUGACAGGAAUCCCCUUACAUAUAUUAUCUUUAAUCGCUACUUUUUUGUGUUGAUGGUAAUGUAUUUUUAAGGAGAAGUUUUGUGUAGAUGGAAGUUAUCUCUGUUCUUUGGAAGUUUGUAGCAUUCGUUUUCCUUUUUUUAUUUUGUAUGGGGUCUGUUGGUACUUGGACCUAGACACUGUCAAAUAAACUGUGUUUUGUAUGA